CAACUGCUGGGGCAAGUACCUCUGGAGUUAUUUCGCCAGCUCCGCAGGAUUUGUCGGACUUCUGGAUGGCUCUGCCGAAUGCUGCUUGGUCCGAUGACGGAAAGGUCAUGACGCUUGCUAUGGGGACCAACUUCCUGGGGCAUGCAAGGCUCGGCAACCAGUUGUACCUUCGAGACUGCUAUCCAGCUUUACAGAAGGACGUGUCUGAGCUGUUUGCGCAAGAAGAUAGCAAGGGGAGGAAAAAGAACGGGGCGGUGGCGAUUAUCGGCAACCCAGGGAUAGGCAAGUCCAUGUUUGGAUACCUGCUUCUGUACCGGUGGGCAACUGAAGACCCGCCACGGCCUGUUGUGAUUGUCAAGCGGGGAUACCGUACAAAGCCGACGCUGCUUACGAGAAAUGGAUGCUUUGAGCUGGAUGCGAAGUCCCUUGCAGACCAGCUGCGCCGGCCUGAAGUGAGGUAUCUGGUAGACGGUCUCAACCCCAUGGAUGUUGGCGACCUGCCUACCAGGGCACAAAUGGUCCUGGUUACGUCCCCAGACCCAAGAAUCUACCAGGAGCCCUGGAAGUCGUGGGGGUAUCGGAUGCGCUAUAUGGACGUGUGGAGCUGGGACGAACUGGAGAGUUGCCGAGAGGGCGUCUUCCCAGACCGGGAUCCCGACGAGUCAAAGGCCCGGUACGACAGAUGGGGCGGCAUCCCGCGUUUUGUCCUGGAGAAGGUGGACUCGGACGCUCAGGCUCUCCUCGAGAAGGCAAUCUCCACCACACCUUUGAAAGUUCUCGUUGAUUCGGUCGGUUCACAAGCGGCCCCCAAUGAAGCGAGCCACAAACUGCUCCAUCUUCGUGUCCGAGGAGACUUCGAAACGACCGUGAUGGUGAUGGCUUCGGUAUACGUGACCCACAGGGUUGCGUAUCAGAUCUGGAAGAACGAGAAGGAGGCACUAAGAACGUUUCUCAGCUCAUCAGAAGGGGAGGGGCCCGUCGGAGCUCUGAGGGGCAACUUGUGGGAAGGGUUUUGCCACGCUAGACUGAUUGAGGGCGGUCAAUUCAGGAUCAGGGAUCUGUCCGACCCGUUGCUGUCCACCUCGGACAAGAUUUUCCAUCGUCCUGCCGCAGCCCCCUUGGUCUUCGACAACUGGGAAGAUAUUCAGGGCAAGCAGGACGGGCAGUACUUGAGACCUCGGAGCAAGACAAACGAGUCUGUCGAUUCUGCAACGCAGCCUAAUGUCUUGUUCCAGAUCACGGUCAGCAAGAGGCACGAUCUGAAAGGCGCUGGGAUGAAGAAGGCAAUAGAGUUCUUCCGGCAAAACGGGCCCGGGGCUGUUGAGCUGUACUUUGCCGUGCCUUCUGACGCCUUCAUGAAGUUCCAGGGUUCAGACAUCAAGCAAUGUCCCGGAAUUGCGGAAGUGAGGAGAGCAGUGAAGCAACUUGCCCUUGAAGUUAGCCUUUGA